GGAAGGGGAGUGGUUGUUGUUUACUGACGUGUAGGGAAACUCUUUAUGAACACAUCUGCAUAUUCUACAACUUUAAAUGCCUCUCCAGUUUGUAGGCUAAUAGUGAGAUGACAGCUAAUGCUGAGGGGGAUAGUGGCAUCUGAUAUGGGUAGCCGCUAGAGAGUCUGAAACGGCGAUGACUAUGGAGGUUCCGACUCGGAUUGUGAGAAAUCAACCUACUUCAGACCCGAGCAUUUCGCUUGAUGUACCCAUGCUGAAGAACAGGGACUAUCAGCAUAAGGUGUUCGUCAAUAGAAGUGUAACAUUGGAGAACAUCAAAUGCUAUGGCUUUGACAUGGACUACACGCUGGCAGCGUAUAAGUCUCCUGACUAUGAGGAUCUAGGCUUUGAGCUGCUCAGAGACAGGCUGGUGUCUAUAGGCUAUCCCCAUGAGCUACUGCGUUACAACUACGACCCCACCUUCCCCACUCGUGGCCUGGUGUUUGACACAAUGUAUGGGAACUUGCUGAAGGUGGACUCCAAUGGAAACAUUCUGUUGUGCAGUCAUGGCUUCACAUUUCUAAAAAGGCCCACCUCCAGCAUUGGGGAACAGAGGAUGUUGGAGACGGAAGAGAGCUUGAUCCUGACCUUGGUCAGAUCUAGCUGUGAGCAUGUGUCUCAGUAAGCCUACAUACUGCUGUUAUAUUCAGCCUUCAACACAAAACAGCCCCCAUUGUCCUGAUUCCUUCAUGGAGGACUGACAAAUGACUGCAAAAUGCCCCCCAAUAACUUGUGUUUCACAAACAACAUGAUACACUACAAGGUGUGCAGGAAUGUUCAAAGGUUUUUCUAAACAUUUAAUUGGAUGCAGAAUAGCAGCACUGUUUUGGAAUCCUUCACUCUUCCAGUGGCUUACAAUGGUGAUGUAGCCAGCUCACGAAUAUUAAAAAGUAUAUUUAUAUCC